ACAUUUACAUUUCUCAAAUAGUUUUUCUUAUGUUUUUGCAAACAAUGCCUGUGAAUAUAAUUCAGUAAAAUGUCACAAACGACGCUUGUUAAAACUAUGGAUAUUUUAUUUACAAAUAAAAUGCUAAAUCCAUCAAGGUUUUUACGUUAUGUUUAUAGAAAUGACUGUCGAUAUCAAACCACAGGACAAGUCAAACAAGGAUCUAAAAUAAAAACUGCUAGUUCUGUAUACAGAAGCAUGAAUAUCUUUGAUAGAAAAGCGAAAAUACUGCAGAAAGAACGGGCUGCCCAAUGUGAGGAUUAUGAAUUGGCUGAAUAUAUAAAGGAAGAGGUUGGUUGGAGAACAGCUGAUCGAGUUUUCGAUAUAAAAAGAACGUUCAAAAAUGCAGUAGAAUUAGGGGCUGGUCGAGGAUAUGUGUCUCGUCAUUUUCUUCCGGACAGUGUUGAAAAAAUAACCCUCUGUGACACGUCACAAACACAUCUGAAUAAAGCUAUAGUUGGCGAUGGAGUCAAAUUUGACAAGGUUGUUAUGGAUGAAGAGAAUUUCGAAGUAGGUAUGGAUUUUAUUUUAAAAUGUUUAUUUAUUUAUUUCAUAACCAAUGUUAGACUAGAAAAUACAUAAUUAUAUAAUUUGCCUGCUUGUUAAUUAAUUUUAUCAAUGAACUAAAACAAUAAAGUAAAAUUUAUUUAAAUGUAUAGACACUGAUACUUUCAAAUAUUUUUUUAUUAAUGUGAUAAUAUAAUGGUUGUGCAAGCAAACCACAUUUCAGCCUAUGCAUCAACAAUUUUAUAAAGUUGACCAUGUACAUGGCUACUAAUGUAAGUAUGUUAUAAACAGUAGAGCUGGCGACACAUUUUGAGCAUGGAUUUGACCCAUCUUGUUAUAUAGCUCAAAAGUGUUGUUUAUGAAAGUUAUAUCGGCUAGUCUGCCUGGCAUGUACAGGUGGGACAGGUACUGCACAAGGUAAAAGUAAGGUAAAAUAUGUGUGCUAAAAAUAUAAUUGACCCAGCAUGUAAUAACCAGUGAUUGGUGUAGCUAGUUACAUUAUGAGUCAAUAAACUUGAAUGAUAAUAUAAAUAUGAACAUGUUCCGGGGUUCCUGGGAAUUUUUUUCUGAAUGUCGAUGAAUUAAAUGAAGUUAAACUGUUUAAAAUAUCAUGAGUACACACAAUAACAUAUCAAACUAUUCAUUUCCGGUAUUGGCUGCUUUUUGCCAUCAUCUUCAUUCAUCUUCAUUACAGCCCUUCACAAGUCCACUGCAGAACAUAGGCCUCCCCCAAAGAAUGCCACAAAGCACGGUCCUGAGCCACCUGCAUCCAUCGACUUCCUGCAUAUCUUACCAGGUCGUCACUCCAUCUAGUGGGGGGACGCCCUACACUUCUCCUGCCGGUACGAGGCUGCCACUCGAGAACCUUUCUUCCCCAUCGGUUGUCGGUUCUUCGAGCUAUAUGGCCGGCCCAUUGCCACUUCAGCUUACUAAUCCGUUGGGCUAUGUCGGUCACUCUAGUUCUACUGCGGAUAUUCUCAUUUCUGAGUUUAUCACGCAGAGAAACUCCGAGCAUAGCCCUCUCCAUAGCUCGCUGAGCGACCUUGAGCUUCCUCAUCCGGCCAGCAGUGAAGGACCACGUCUCAGUUCCGUAUGUCAUCACUGGCAACACGCACUGGGUGUACAGUCUCGUUUUCAAGUUUUGAGGUAUACCUGACGAGAAGAUGUGCCGUAAUUUCCCGAACGCUGCCCAACCGAGUUGAAUCCGUCGAUUGACCUCUCGGUCGAAGUUGGACUUACCUAGUCGGACUAUUUGUCCCAGGUAAACAUACUCGUCAACAACUUCGAGCUUAGUGUUCCCAACAACUACCGGCAUAGGUGUGACAUGGACAUUAAACAUGAUCUUUGUUUUGUCCAUGUUCAUCUUAAGACCUAUCCGUUGGGAAACACUAUUGAGGUCAUUGAGCAUAGUGCUUAGGUCCUCCAGCGAUUCUGCCAUAAGGACUAUAUCGUCGGCAAAUCGAAGGUGAGUGAUGUACUCGCCAUUGAUGUUGAUACCGUAUCCUUUCCAGUCCAGAAGCUUGAAAACAUCUUCCAAUGCAGCGGUAAAGAGUUUCGGGGAUAUGACGUCACCCUGUCUUACACCUCUCUGCAAUUGGAUAGGUUUCGUACUCUGGUUCUGUACUCGGAUAGCCAUCGUAGCCCUACUGUACAAGCACUUCAACACUUCGAUAUACCGACAGUCUACUUGGCAUCGCUGAAGGGACUGCAGCACCGCCCAAAUUUCGACGGAAUCAAAGGCUUUCUCAUAGUCCACAUACGCCAGACAUAGUGGCAAAUUGUACUCCUCGGACUUCUGUACAAUUUUCCGAAGGGUAUGUAUGUGGUCUAUGGUGCUAAAGCCUUUUCGGAAACCGGCUUGUUCGGGAGGCUGGAAGUCGUCAAGUCUGCGCGCGAGACGAUUCGUAAUGACUCUCGAAAACAGCACGUAGACGCGGCUCAGAAGGGAAAUCGGUCUGUAGUUCUUCAAGAAAGUGUUGUCGCCUUUCUUGAAGAACAAGACCACCGCACUUCUGCUCCACGCCUCCGGUGUAAUGCCACCAUUGAGGACGGAAUUAAAGAGCUUCUGAAGGACUUCAAGUACCGGUUUUCCACCCGCUUUCAGAAGCUCCGCUGUAAUUCCAUCCUCGCCUGGGGCCUUGCCGUUUUUAAGGUGCUGGAGAGCCAUUCUAAUCUCGCUCAGACUGACGUCCGGGAUAUCAUCGGAAUAAUGUCGGAUAAGACUCGCUCUUGGAUCGUUACUCACACUUGCGUGCGGCUCCAACGAUGACGUGUACAGCUGCCCAUAGAAACUCUCAAUCUCACUCAAAAUCUCAGGUGCCCCGGAAACGAUGCUGCCACAUUCUGUCUUCAGCUUUGACAGUUGGCGCUUUCUGGCAGACACAGCUUUUUGCCAUAUUAUUGGUCAAUAGACAGGAUCUUAUUAUGAUGGAAAUGGGUAGCUUGAUAUGUCCUAAUGUGUACAAUGACUUUUCAAUGCUCGUCAAUGUGAAUAUAUGUAUAAUAUAUUACUACUACUACUAUAUAAAGUUACAGUAAAGUAUAUGAAAAAAAUAGAUGUUUAAUAAUAAAAUUUAAUUUCAGUUAUGUGAAGUUAUAUUCACCUUAGCAAAGUAGCCAGUGUCAAAUGGCAAUAUUCACAAGAGUUUUGUUUUGAUUUUUAGUUUCCAGAUAAUAGCAUUGACUUACUAGUGUCAUCUUUGGCUCUGCAUUGGGUAAAUGACUUACCUGGGUGUUUCGAUAGAGUCAUGAGAUGUCUACAGCCAGAUGGUGUGAGUAUGAUCCAUAAAACUAAAAGUAGGUAAUUAUAUUCUUCAGGCUGAAUUUCAGUCACAGCGGUCAGUAGAAACGGCAACUAGCCAUCUGCACAGGACAUGAUUAUAGUGCACAAGUGUGUGCUCCAAUGCAGGUACACACUCUAUUCCCUCCCUAUUCCUAUUUCUAAUGGACAGGCAAUCACACACGAAGGAAGAGAAAUCAGGCGCAGGACCAACGACUUCACUGCUUUUUGAGGAACAGGGGUGAAACACCACCAAUUGUCCACAGAAAAACCCAAUAACUGAUUAUGGCUCGACCUGCGAUUUGAACCUGGGACCAUAUGAUCAGCAGUCGCGCUUACAACUACUAUACCAACAAAGCCUUCAACAGUUUUUUAAUAAUAUUAAGAUCACAAAGAAACAAGUUACUACAAUCCACAGACACUGUAACCAACAUU